UUAUAAUUGGUUGUUUCUUGCGCGUGCACAGCUGUUUUUAGCUUAACAGCUGCCACCACAAAAUAUUUGUUUACAUGUUAAACUCAAAAUGGCACUGUGGAUUAGCAGCAAAGUGUGACCUUACCAAUGGUGCAUUCUUGAGUUGGUAUAUUUCUAUAAAAUCAAAGUGGUGUUUUCAAUCUAGACGCUUGAGCUCACACUGGUAAAGAUGCAGUACUCCCAAACAAUGCACACGCAAAAAUAAAAUGGAGUGCCCACAAAUUGAUUUAUAUGAAUUCCUUACCGAGUCCGAACUGCAGCAGUACUACAAUGCCAUCAAAAACGAAUUAAAAAUAACAAAUGCAGCUCAAUUUAAAUAUGCAGCGGAUGAGGACUUACGUUUCAUUGGCCUGUCCCGGCCGGAAAUUCGAAGACUGCGCAAGUUCUAUGAAAAGCAUUUCCCCCACAGUUACCUCAGCAAAAUUAAGCGCCUGCUCCAAGCGCCCGCCACAAUUGUGAAGCGUGAGGACGGCGCAACCGGGCAGACAACAAACGAGACCAGCGCCGCUGCAGCCACCGCCACAGCGACGAGAAAUGGCAGCAGUUCACCGGGCGGCAAGGUGCCCAACAACAAGCACAUCAUACCAGCUGAUUCGAUUAGCGUUAAUAAGCAACUGGGCAUCGGGGAGUUCGGCAUUGUGCAGCAGGGCGUCUGGACGAAUGGCAGCGAGCGGAUUCAAGUGGCCAUCAAGUGCCUGUGCCGCGAACGCAUGCAAUCGAAUCCCAUGGAAUUUCUCAAGGAGGCAGCCAUAAUGCAUUCGAUCGAGCACGAGAACAUUGUGCGCCUGUACGGCGUGGUUCUGGCAACCGAUUCGCUGAUGCUUGUUACGGAACUGGCGCACCUUCGUUCCUUACUCGAGUGCCUUAAGGAUUCCGGGUUGCGUGUCAGCUUUCUCACAAUACCCACGCUCUGUGAGUUCGCGCUGCAGAUCUGCAACGGCAUGCGCUAUCUGGAGCAGAAGCGACUCAUACACAGGGAUUUGGCUGCACGGAAUAUUCUGGUAUUUAGUAAGGAUAAGGUGAAAAUCUCGGACUUUGGACUGUCGCGUGCGCUGGGUGUGGGCAAGGACUACUACAAGACGAACUUCAAUGUAAAUCUAAAGCUGCCGAUUGCCUGGUGUGCGCCCGAAUGCAUCAACUACUUGCGGUUUACCAACGCUUCCGAUGUGUGGGCCUUUGGCGUUUGCCUCUGGGAGAUGUUCUCCUAUGGCUUUCAGCCCUGGGCGGCACUGACAGGUCUGCAGAUACUGGAGGCCAUCGAUGCACCGAAUUAUCAGCGCCUCGAGCAGCCGGACUGCUGUCCCCGAGAGUAUUACACGUUGAUGAUGAAGUGCUGGCAGGACGAUGCGGCCAAGCGGCCCAAGUUUAGUGAAAUCUAUGAACAGCUGCCCGAUAUGAAGCCCGAGCAGCUCAAGGCCGUCGUCAACUGCGUGGAGCCGAAAAAAGAUCAUCUGCUGUAUCGCCAGGGCGAUAUAAUAAGCGUGCUUGAUCGCAAUACGGGCACGCCUUUCUGGAAAGGCGUUUUGGGUACUGGAAAGACUGGAUACUUCAAUCCCUCAAACACGGUCGCAUUCCUGGAGGGCCUGCCCUGCUCUUCCAAUCGUGAUUCCUUCAGUCGCGUUGGCGACCAUCGCAUAAGCAAGCGCAAGCUGCGCACGGAAAUGAUUUCAAAGCCGCAGAAUGACUUUAAGCAUACCGGACACGUGGGCAUCGAUGGCGCCACCUUUGGUGAUAUCGCCUUCCUCGGCAGCUCCCAAAAUUACAAUCAUGUGCCCAAGCAGAUUGUGACGCCCUACAAGCCGUCGGAGGAUAUAGAGCAGACGCCGCUGCUGCUGCCGCCGACGCCCACCAGUCCGGAUUCGCUGCAAACAGCUAGCGGUUAUUUUCCGGAAGGCGGUGGCACUUCAAUGAAUCCCACAUUUAUUCCCUCCACGGAGCACACGCCCAACUUGAUACCCAGCAAUGGGCACAGCUCAUUUGACUUUACCGGCUCCACAAAUCCCUUUGCCUCGCACAAACUAGACGAGGAGCAGCUCGCCUAUGCGCUACAGAACAACAACUAUGGCGCCGAUGGCAAGAGCAUCCACUCAGAACCCAACUGGCGCGCCAGUUCACGCAAUACGACCGACGAUCCGCACGAGUAUCACGAGAUAUCCGACGAUGAGAUCGCUGGCGAUAAGCUUGACUUCGGGCCCUCGCUGCUGGACGAAAUUAACUCAAUGUUUGGAUCAAUCAGCGGCGCCUCUGGUAGCCAGCCAAAGUCGCCCGAUUUUGAUCAUGUGAACACAAAAAACGAAUUCGUUGAGAUGUCGGCGAAGUUUGGCCACAAAACUGGCGACAGCAAUGGAAACAAGCAUGGCCAUGGACACGGACAUGGACUGCUGUCCAAAAAGAAGACAGCGACGGGCACUGUUAAGCCCAUUUCGGUCAAGGAUGAGAAAAUACUGAAUCAUGCCAUCGAAAUUGCCAACGAGAUUAGCGCCAGAUCCAUGAUUGAUUUGGUAUCUGAUCAUACGCCAGCCACGCACAGUCCCAAGCGCAAGUUCAGCUUUCGUUUUCCGCAUUUGAGCAGCGGCGGCGGCGGCGGAGAUAAGUCAAGUGGCGUUCUGGGUAGCGCUGCUGGCGGCUCUGCGCUAACACCUACGCAUGGCAAUGCCUCGCCCUUCUCCAAGAAGAAGAACUUUACGGAGGAGCUGCAAAGCAUACCCGAUAUACAGCGGUUUCGCUCUCUAAGCGAGAUCAAGAACAGCUCCGAGCUGCGCAUACCCAUAUUCGACAAGGAGAGCUCCGACUUUCUCUUUGAGAAGUCACGCGAGAUACUCAGCCGUCCGCUGAACAGGGAGCUCCACAGCGAGGAGUCGAGAGAGCGAGAGCCAAAGAGCAUAAAUGAUAAUAUAAUGGACAUUGAGAAUACUCUGAAGGCGCUCAAUCUGGACUUUAUGCACACGUACACGGAGCUGGACAAGAGCGACUCGAACGACACCAUUUUGAAUGAUCAGCUGCCGCAGCUGGUGGGCUCCUUGGACGAUGGCAUCAGCAGUGCCAACGGCAGCCUGAAGUCAGCUGUCUACAGCUACAGCAACGGGGUGCAGACCAUGUUUGAUUUCAAUGCGGCAACAAGUCACCUGGACAAGCAUCUGCAAUAUAUGCACAACCAGGCGCAGCUGCACAGCCAACAGCCGGAGCAGAAGCUGCUCGAGGACAAGCGCAGCAGCACGCCAGACACGGGCUUUGCCUCGCGGGACACCAACAUAUCGCUGUCGCGUCGCAGCAGCCAGAAGAGCAGCUAUAGCCCCCAGGAGAGCUACUUUCCCAUGAAGACCGAGACGCUGUACAGUGCGCCGCCGGUGGUCAUGAGCAGCGGCUACGAGCGCUUCGGCAAUGGCCACACCAAGCAGCUGCUGGCCAGCGCCUCGCCCGUCAAGUCUUGUCUGAAUGCCAGCAACAGCUCCGUUUAUGCAGCGGCUGCCAAGAGCUAUCGCCAGCGCUCCACCUCCUUUAAUGAGAGCUUCCAGCCCAUUUCACCGGUUCUGUCGGACGCCAAGCAGCGCCAUUUUCGCCAGGAACCACUGCUCCAACAGCAGGUCCACCAGCAGCUGCAGCAGCAGCAGCAGGCGCCGCUACCCAGACGUUCCGCCUCCUACAAGCCGCGCUCAAUCCGCGCGCGCACCUUGCGCCGGCUCAGCUACAAUCCCAUGACUCUCGACUCGAGCAGCUCGUCCAGCGGUGACGAGGAGCCCAGCAAGCCCAGCUUGGCGCGCUCCGAGUGUGAUAUACGCGCCCGCGUUGCUGCCAGCUCCAGCAACUCGCUGAGUCGUCGGCGUCGCGCGGGCCUUAGCCGACAGGUGCAGUCCGCCUGCCAAGAUGAACGGGAGGUCGUCAUAUCGCCACGGCAACUGUAUGGCUCAAACUCCAGCAUCAAGUCGGCGCCGCACUACAACCUGGGCGGCAAUAGGCGCAGCUUCCAUCGACCGGGCACCGGCUACGAGCAGUUCCACUAUGAUGAGCGCAUCUAUGAUUUUGGCGGACGCGGACCGGGCAACAAUUACACGGCACAAAUGGCCCAGCAUACGCUGCUGGCAACCACGCAAUCGCAGAAGCUUAGCUCCGGCUCGGGCUCCUCUUCGGCGGCCUCCUCCGCGGUGGCCACCUACCGCACUGCGACGGCUGCGGUGCCGCGUCCCAUGAGCGGCGCCACGCUGCACGAGUUCGACAUAAGUCGACUCACGGGCAAGAGUCCCACGUCGACUAACUUUGUGGGCAGCUCGCCGGACGAGCGACAGCUAUCCAACAGCGCCCAGACGCAGCUGCCAGGAAAGCCGCAGCGACCUACAGAGUUCCACUGGCCCGAGAAGAUACACGCCUCGGCGGUGCAGCAGCACGAAAUGCACUGGCGCCAGCUCCAGCUUCAGCAGCAGCAGCAGCAACAACUGGCACAGCCUCAGCAGCUGCCCCUGGUGCCCCUCGUAACAGCUGCUCAUGACUCAAGCGACAGCAGCUCCUCAUCCAGCACGGAGAGCGGGGAUGAGUUUCAGUUCCGACGUGAAUUCGUUGCGCCGCGCAUUCCGCCCAGCCCGGCUCCAUAACUAAGGAAAAUGCUGAAAUAUGUUCUCAAUUUACUAUUCGGUCAUGUGCUCUCGGAUUAGGGCAGUGCCUCGCCCCGCCCCCAAGUGGUGUGCGUGUGUGCGCGUGCGCGUGUGUGCGUGUGUGUGUGAUGUAGUGUGGUGUGUGUCGCCAGGUGUGUCGAAGAGUAAAUUGUAGAAAUAUUUACAGCCAAUAUUUAUUAGUCUAUACAUAUACCAUAUAUAUAUAUUUUGGAUUUGAAUAUUUGGGAGAGUGCCUUAUUCGGAAACACGGAAGACCUCUCAGAACGGAUGAUAAUAAUACGCGUAAUGUGCACUUGCAUAGCUAACAAAAGCAGUUACAGUUACAGUUACACAGAAACAGAUACAGAUACAGAUACAGUUUACAGAUGCAGAUACAUUUCAAUUCAAUUGAGAUUAAAGAUAAGCAAUAUCCAAAGCCAGUUCAGGGCCCUGCCGAAAGGGGGAACCCCAUUAAACUAAACAGCUCAAUAAUCAUUAAAGCAAUAUUAACUAGCUGCAAUAUAUUCAAAAAAAAAAAAAAAAAAAAAAAAAAAAAAAAAAAAAAAAAAAGAUAAAGACAAGCAAGCAGCAAGCUUCGGCUGUUCGAAGAUUAAAUACCCUAGCAGACAGAUAUUUAAUAUAUUAAUUAAAACUCGAUUUCCAUUCCUGUGGGAAUUAGAUGAAAUAGUGGUCCGAUUGAAUUACCGAGAGAUCAGUUCGUGUGGAGCACGCCGAAUAAGAUAGUUCAAUCAGCUUGACAGAUACCCUAUAACUAUAUGCAAGCUGUCUUCCUCAGAGCAUACAAGUAAAAUGUAGUACAAUUUAAAUAGUCACUGCAAGGGUAUAACGCAUUGCAAAAAGACUCGAAAAACACUUAGCAUAGAGCUCAACUCAGAAAGGCUUCCAAGACAAGGCUACGCACUCCAGAAACGACGCUGGCAACAACAAAAACAAAACAAUUUCCUACAGAUUCCUCAGACAUCAUCAUAUUAUCAUCCGCAAACAGAGCUUGGUUGUCAGGGUCGUGACAAGAUGAAGAAAAGGUAGAUAAGAAAAAGAAUAUCAGUAUUAGCAUUCCAUUUAAAACACAGAGGACACUGACAACACCUCACCAAAAUAUGACAGGGUAUAAAAAAAAAUGAGAACAACAAGAACAACACACAUAACAACAGUCAUCACACGCACACACACACACACACGCACACCAACCGUUGACAAUCCUUCACCGAAAACAACAUCCCAAAAGAAUUCCAACAUAAUAUAAACCAAAAAGUUGAAGAAGAAAAAAAACUCGUACAUAUGCAAAUGUGUAUUAUGUGCCAUAUCCUUACGCUUGCAUUUUUACUAUACUAUAUAUAAUUGAUAUACUAACUAUAUAAAACUGAUUAAAGCUCUAUUCGUAUACCAUGUGGAAAUGUACGAAAUGUAUUGUGAGAGAAAGAGUAUUUGCUGCUUCGAAGUAAACCGAGUUGUGCGCUUGUCCAAAUUUCAAGCGUCUACAUUUUUUUUAUAGAGCUCCAAUCGGGAACUAGAUACUCGAAUAAUGUAUUUGAAUUGAACGAUUUGUCAGUCGCAUUCUGUGCAUUUAAUGAUAAAGCUAACCGAAAACGAAGCAAACACAAAAUUACUUAUAUACAAA